UUUCUGACUAAAAUUGUUUGGUUUUUCAUUUAAAGUUUGACGUGUCAACUUUGGAACAAUUUAGAAGAUUCCAUGUUUAUACGCGUCCAAUGCAUCUCCUCUGGAGGUCGCGGUGGAAAAUCAGCUUUAAGACCAAAACGCCAUCCGAGUGGAUGUGUCCGUGUCAUUAUCACACGGGUCCAGUUGUUUUACAGUCCAUUCAGAAAAAAGGACGGGAUUCCCAGGUGACAAGGAAACACAGAAAAGAAAGAUCAUCAUGUCCAGCAGUGCUGGAUUUAUUUGACCAGCAGUACAGUGAGGAACUCGGAGAUCUAUGGCCAGCUGCAAGAGCGGUGCUUCUGGACCCUCACUCCUGGCAGUAUGGCGUCAUGCUCAACCGCUUCAGCGCUGUGACAGACAUCACGCAGAUUCUUCAGUCCCAAGGCUUUUCCACAUUAUUGCUGCAAACAGAUGUCUCGGCGCUGCUUCAUAAUGGUUCCUCCAUGGUCUCACGUUCCAAACGUCAAGAAGGAGAAGACUGUGCUGUGUCGCUUUGCGACGCCUCCAAGUUCCCCCCUUGUGAUACCCCUCUCCAGUCUGACAGCACGUCUCCUGUGCUCGGUCAGAACCCUCAAUCAGAGCCCACCCCCAGUCUGUCCAUCCCUUCAUUACAGUGCUACAUCCACUCGUGUCCCCUGCGGUUUCCCUCUCAGGCACACAGGCCCGGCCAGCUGAAGCAGUACUACCUCCUGAAUGCUGCCUCCUUGCUUCCAGUGCUGGCUUUACAAGUCAAAGACGGGGAGAAGGUUUUGGAUCUUUGCUCUGCCCCCGGAGGCAAAGCUUUAGCCAUAUUGCAGAGUGCAAACCCAGCGCUUCUCUGCUGUAAUGAACCAGAUCCUCACAGACGGGACUGGUUGGCCAAAACAUUGGAGUCUUUUCUGCCUCGAGCACUUCACAGCAGCGUGAUCGUGUCUGCUCAGGAUGGACGGACAUUUGGCCAAAGCGAGGCUGGUUUAUAUGACAAGGUUUUAGUCGAUGCUCCGUGUUCCAAUGACAGGAGUUGGCUUUAUUCUCGCAAUAUCCAGCAGGGGGGACAGAGAUUGAAGGAAAGAGCCAAACUACCUUCUCUCCAGGCUCAGCUGCUUAAGUCUGCUCUGUCGGCGGUGCGUCCGGGGGGGAUCGUGGUAUACUCAACUUGCACACUGUCCAGUUUUGAGAACUGCGCUGUGGUUGAGACUGUGCUCGAUGACUUUCCCGAGGCCGAGCUGGAAGACCUGUGGGAUGAGAUUGCCGUUCCUUUAUCUCGGUACUUUGCAUUUAGUUCUCGCCCUGGUCGUGGGCAGACAACUCAUGAGCCGCCCCCGCAGCUACAAAACAGCGCCGGCUCCUCUUAUCGCCGCGGACUCGGUAUUCUAGUGGUGCCUCAGCCGGGGAAGACCUGGGGACCCAUGUUUUUGUGUCGGAUUAGAAGGAGGAAAUAGUAUCAAUUUAUGCAGGAGAGAUUAACAGAAUGAGUCUGUUGAACUGAAACGUCACUAUAAUGUAAAACCGCGUGCGACCUGUGGCCUUGACAGAUGAGCCACGGAGACAUGCUUUUGUCCACUCCACACAGGUUUAGGAAGUAAUGUCGACGAUUUAACGCCAAUCACUGAGUGUCAGCGCUGCGUCUGCAGCGUUUGUUCCUCAUCGCUGCUGGCUUCUUUGUGCAUGUGGGUGUGUUGUGUGAACAAGUAAAUAAAAAUAGCACGAGCUCACAUCAGUCAUACUUACCU